CUUCUAGCUUGAUUAUUUUGUAUUUCUCAACCGAGUCGCACUAAAGUGACGCAGCUGUGUCUAAAAAAAAAGCCUCUCAGUGCAGCUGGACAUGGCGGCGCUGCUGAGAGGUCUACGGGCUGGAAGGGCACUUCGGGGGCUGGGCAGCGUGGUGGCUACACCGACAGCAACAACCCCCCAGUGCAGCAGCCUGAGACGAGGUUUCCACUGUGCAGCACUGAGACUUCAAGACGAAUCUAAAUCAGAUAAACCCCCCUCCUCCUCAUCCACAACCUACCAUGAGCACUACCAGGCUCACUCUACUGAACAGGACACAACAGCAGCUUCCCAGGAAGAUUCCGCAUCUGACCCAGCAGCAGAGACAGCCUCCGGGCCAAACACCAGUUACCAGGACCAGAGCGGAGAGCAGGGUGAAGAGUACGAAACAGAGGAGCAGCUUCAAGCUCGAAUCCUGACUGCUGCUCUGGAGUUCGUUCCGCAGCACGGCUGGUCAAUGGAAGCCAUUGCAGCUGGUGCUGAGACACUGGGUCUGUCCUCUGCCUCCACUGGUAUGUUCUACAAUGGAGCUGGAGACUUGGUCCUACAUUUCAUCACCCACUGCAACUCACAGCUGACAGAGAUCCUGGCUGAACAACACAAGCAGGUCCAGUUGGGUCAGGCUGAACCAAAGGAGACUGCUGACUUUCUAAGAGAUGCGAUAGAGACCAGACUGAGGAUGUACAUCCCCUACAUUGAAACAUGGCCACAGGCAAUGAGCAUCCUGCUCCUUCCUCACAACAUCCCAGACAGCCUGAAGCACCUCUCCACCCUGGUGGACGACAUCUGGUACUAUGCUGGAGACCGAUCCACAGACGUGAGUGGAUCCCAUCACCCUCGAUCCCCUUCCUCUUCUACUCAUACCUUCCUGUCCCCUCUUCAUCACCACCCCCACAAUAUCCGGCCUGCUACCCUUCAGAUGAACUGGUACACCAAACGAGCAGCGCUGACGGGCAUCUAUAACACCACAGAGCUGGUGAUGGUCCAGGAUUCCUCUCCAGACUUUCAGGACACCUGGAACUUCCUUGAUAACCGCAUUCAGGAUGUAGUCAACAUGGCCACCACUGCCAAACAGGUGCAGUCGACUGGUGAAGCAGUUGUGCAGGGGCUGAUGGGAGCUGCUGUAACACUGAAGAACCUGACAGGACUGAACCAGAGGCGAUGAUAUUAAAACAUCUGAGUCACACUGAUCCUGACAGAACAUCUAGUUUGUGUCACGAGCUUGAGAUCAAUUUAAUUUCUUUUUGCUCUUAUUUCUGAUUACAUGUAUGAAAUGACUCUGAAAGUAUUGGAUUAUGACAAUGGCCAUAGGUCUUUCCCUUUGUUCACCUGCACGACCAAUGGCUUUGUCCAGUUUUGUUUCACUGCCCAAGAUUUCAAUAUCCUGCUCAGAUCAUUUUCUCUUUGUAUAAAAGGACACUCAAAUCUGUCAUUUUGUUGUUGGAUCAAUUAAGAGUUCAAUAAAGUAGUAUUAUUGUAUAUUUAA